GUCACGUGACGCUCCCGGGAGGACACCGGAAGCACGAGUUGCCGCGCGCGUCCCGCCACCCUAAAAGCAAACCUUGUGCAACUUGAUGAAAAAAGGGCAGCUCAAAUAUUUGCUUGGUGUUCUCAGCUGCCUUUACGUGAGCUUUUACGCGCACUUUGUGCAAAAAAAUGGAAAUGACGGCCGGUUUUCCACCGCUGCGGUAGACGUCACCGCGAUGACGUGUCCGACCGUCCGCAGAUUGGUGGAGGCUCGAAGAGUUUUGGGGACCUUUCAGGGCCUUCUUGAAAAUUUCAGCAAUUGAAAAAAAAAAUAAUAAUAAUAAAAAUCCUAUAUCCUUCAAAGACAGUUGUAAGAACUUUCACGAGCAAAAAAGAUUCUUUUAAAAAACGUUGAGGACCUUCCUUCUCGAAGCUUCAUGCGCACGUGUUGAUCAUUCCAUUUGAAGUGUUUCCGGGCAAAAGUGGGACAUUUCUUUUGCUCAGCACCACGAAACUUGCUUGAAAAAGCGGCAAAUGGACGGUGUUGUCGUCGACUCUGGCGCCACCUGGCGGCCGGAAGCCGCCGUGUGACGGCCUGGCUGCGCGCGCAUCCGCGAGGCGCUUCCGCCUUCUUCUCCGGCUGCGAGUCGCUUCUUAUUUCUUGUCCUUUUUCGGCCGUUUUUAAGCAGGCAUUUGUCAGCAGUCGACGAAGAGGAGGAGGAAGAAGAAGGUGACGAGGACGUCGGACAAGAAGUGGACGUCACGUGGCAGGCAAAAGCUCAAGAAGUGACGGAGCGCCAACAAGUUGCCUGGAAAAAGCCAAACCGCAAUGAAAAAGCAGCUCGCCGGCGACGAUCCCAAAAGUCAACGAGCGCCUUCGUUUGCCGAGGAGACGACCUCCGGGGGGGCGUCCGUGUGAAAGCGUGCCGCCGGCCCGGAUGCUGCGGCUGCCUCGCCCGCGCUGGUCCAGCGGGGCCACGCAGGCGCUGGUGGUGUUCGCGCUGACGUUCUGCGCGGUACUUCCUGUGUGCUGCCACCGCCUGCUGCACUCCUACUACUUCCUGCGCUCCGCCUACUUGGACGCCGCCAGCGAGGACGCCUUGCGCCAGAGUCUGCGGCGCGGUCAGGACGCGCUGCGCUUCUGGCAGAGCGCCUCUGCCCCGGCGCCCUCGCCCGCCUCCGCUGCGCUUUCCCGGCCUCCCGAGCUGCUGGUCGCCGUGGUGACGGCGAGGCGGCGCGAGGCCCUCCGGUACCACUACCUCCUGCAGGUGACGCGCGAGCUGACCGCUCUCCUGAGCGGCUGCGGGGAGCGCCCCUGCGCCCAGGUGGUGCUGUGCGACGUGCAGAGCGGCCCGGACGUCAACGAGGACGCCAAACUGCUGGAGCGGCACUUCCCCGUCAUCCGCCGGCCGUACCGGAGCAGCCUGCCCCUCAACACCUUCGAGCGCGAGAAGCGCGACUACGUGUUCUGUCUGCGCCGAGCCUUCGGGCUGGCGCAGCCCCGGAACAUGGUGGUCCUGGAAGACGACGCCGUGCCCCGCCCGGACUUCUUCCGGGUUCUGAAUGAGCUCCUGAGUCGGCGCUUUGCCGCCGAGUCGCUCUACGUCAAGCUCUACCACCCGGAGCGGCUGCAGCGCUACUGGAACCCGGAACCCUACCGCAUCCUGGAGUGGGUGGGUCUGGGCCUGCUGGGCGCCACCCUGCUCCUGCGGCUCCUGACUGUCUGGAACCCCUGCUCGUUGUCCUUGCGCAUGUCCGCCGGGCACCUGGCGCUCCUGGCCGUGUACGUGAUGGCGGCGGCCGAGCUGCUGGGCCGUCACUACCUCCUGGAGGUGCGGCGCCUGUCCCCGCAGCUCUACGCCGUGUCGCCCGCCACCGAGUGCUGCACGCCGGCCAUGUUGUACCCGGGCAACGCCUCCCUAAGGGUGGCCGCCUACUUGGACCGAGCUGCCUGCUCGAGGGGCAACGCCAAGGACACGGUCCUCUACCGGGCCGCCCGCGACACGCCCGGAGAGCGCGCACACAGCGUGGAACCCAACCUGGUCACGCACAUCGGAGCGUUCUCCUCGAUCCGGCCCAACCCGGCUCGGCCAAGGCUGCUUUGACCCCGUGGAGCACUUUCGUUGACUUCCGCGAUCCUGCUUUAGACCGCUCUGGACUACCGUGGUGCCUUGACUUAUUUGCCCACUUUGAAAUUAAUCGAAAAGUUUUAAUUCCCAUCAAAGAAUCUACUCAAGCUCAAUGUCUGUUUUUUCGACGACGACAAGUGAAUAUCGGUUAUCGGUUCGAAACAUUCGAGUAAGAUUGUUGUUCCACAAUGGAUCGCUGUAACGUGUGCAGACGGCACGGGUUUGAGUUCCCAAAUCAUGUCAAAUGUGUGCCUUGGCUCAAUAAAGUUGAAUAAUAAUCAUCAA